GCGGCCGUGCUACUUGUGACCUCUCUAUGACCGACAUCUCUAUGAUAGCGUUCGAUAUGAAAGUUGGUCGCUGCCGUUUCAGUGUAAUGCCGGAAGUACUGAUGAAGACGGCGAUGCGGGGGUGGGCCUUGGUCGAGGCGGAAGCGGAAAGGGGGAGCGGCGGCGGCUGCUGCUGCUGCGCGUGGAAGGUCCUGGAUCCCCGGCCUUGGCCCAGUAUAGUGCAGGGUUGGCCUUUCAGAACAUAGAAAAUGGAUAUCCGACCAAACCACACCCUUUACAUCAAUAAUGUUAAUGACAAAAUUAAAAAGGAAGAACUGAAAAGAUCAUUAUAUGCACUAUUUUCUCAGUUUGGCCAUGUGGUGGACAUUGUGGCUUUAAAAACAAUGAAGAUGAGAGGACAGGCCUUUGUGAUCUUUAAAGAGCUUGGAUCAUCCACCAAUGCCCUUAGACAAUUACAAGGCUUUCCAUUUUAUGGGAAACCAAUGCGCAUUCAGUAUGCAAAAACAGACUCGGAUGUCAUUUCUAAAAUGCGGGGUACAUUUGCUGAUAAAGAGAAGAGAAAAGAGAAAAAGAAGACAAGAUCCUUGGAACAGUCAAAUGCUGCAAACAAAAAGCCAAAUCAGGGUGCAAAUCAGAAUCCAGGAAAUGCCCAAGCAAAUGCAUCACAAAACCAACAGGUGCCUGAUAACCCACCAAACUAUAUACUUUUCCUCAACAACUUGCCAGAAGAGACAAAUGAAAUGAUGUUGUCGAUGCUGUUUAAUCAGUUCCCGGGUUUCAAAGAGGUCCGCCUGGUACCUGGCAGACAUGACAUUGCAUUUGUGGAGUUUGAAAACGAAGGGCAAGCAGGAGCUGCUCGAGAUGCCCUCCAAGGAUUUAAAAUUACUCCUUCACAUGCCAUGAAAAUCACUUAUGCCAAGAAGUAAUGGAAGUAAACUAGGAUCCUCAAAGACUUUAACUUUUUUGACACCAGUUUUUUUUUUUAAUAGAUUCCACUGUGGUUUCUUAAAUUUAAGGAAAACUUCUUGCAAAGUGUUGGUCAUACAAAUAGCAUUUGUUGAAUGUACAAAGACACCUGUGAGAGUUCUAACGGCUUGUGCUGAUAUUCUUCUUCCUUAAAGUUCAGUUGUGUUGAUGUUCAUAGCUCAAUUUAUACACUGUGCUCUUCACAGUGAAAAAUUCUCUUUAAGAAAUGUAUAUUCAACAAUAAAGUUGUGUAUUUCGUAAAAA